AGUGUCUGUCCCUCCACAUCGGCCAGGCCGGAGUGCAGCUCGGCAAUGCCUGCUGGGAGCUGUACUGCCUGGAGCACCGCAUCAAGCCCGACGGUAAAAUGCGCCCUUCGAAGUCCGCCGGCGUGCAAGACGACUCCUUCCACACCUUCUUCAGUGAGACCGGGGCGGGGAAACACGUUCCCCGGGCGGUGUUCAUCGAUCUGGAGCCCACCGUGAUCGAUGAGGUCCGCACCGGCACCUACCGGCAGCUCUUCCACCCUGAGCAGCUCAUCACCGGCAAGGAGGACGCGGCUAAUAACUACGCCCGGGGCCACUGCUCCAUCGGCAAGGAGAUUGUGGAUCUGGUCCUGGAUCGCAUCCGGAAGCUGGCUGAUCUGUGCACAGGGCUCCAGGGCUUCCUCAUCUUCCACAGUUUCGGGGGGGGCACCGGCUCCGGUUUCACUUCCCUCCUGAUGGAGAGGCUCUCCGUCGACUACGGCAAGAAAUCCAAGCUGGAGUUUUCCGUCUACCCGGCUCCCCAGAUCUCCACCGCGGUGGUUGAGCCGUACAAUGCGUUGCUGGUCACUCACAGCACCCUGGAGCACUCCGACUGUGCCUUCUUGGUGGACAAUGAAGCCAUUUACAACAUCUGCCAGCGCAACCUGGACAUCGAGUGCCCGAGCUACACCAACCUCAACCGCCUGGUGGCGCAGAUCGUGUCGUCCAUCACGGUCUCUCUGCGGUUCGAGGGCGCCCUCAACGUGGACCUGAUGGAGUUCCAGACCAACCUGGUACCCUACCCCCGCAUCCACUUCCCCCUGACCACCUACGCCCCCCUGAUCUCGAAGGAAGAGAACGAGGACACCCGGAACACCACUCUGAAGAUCACCAAGGCCUGCUUCAAGCCAGGCAACCAGUUGGUCAAGUGCGACCUGCACUCUGGCAAGUACAUGGCGUGCUGUAUGCUGUACCGAGGGGACGUGCCAGCGAAGGAGAUCAACACCUCCAUCGCCACCAUCAAGAGCAUGCGCGCGGUCAGCUUUGUGGAUUGGUGCCCGACCGGAUUCAAGGUCGGCAUCAACCAGAAGGCGCCGACACUGGUGCCAGGGGGCGACAUGCCCCGGCUCUCCCGUGCUGUCUGUAUGCUGAGCAACACCACCGCCAUCUCUUCGGCCUGGACCCGCCUGAACCUCAAAUUCGACAAGAUGUACGCCAAGCGGGCCUUCGUGCACUGGUACGUGGGCGAGGGCCUGGAGGAAGGGGAAUUCCAGGACUCACGGGAGGACUUGGCCUCGCUCGAGAGGGAUUACGAAGAGGUGGGCUACGACUCCAGCUACCUCAACGACCUGGCUGGGCUGUUGGCGUGAGGAAGGUUGGAGAGAGAGAGAGAGAGAUGGCAUGGGCCACGAGGAGAAGGCUGGCACCUUGAAUCGACCAUCCGUGGCCAUCGCUCCCCACCAACACUCCCCACCAAGGUGCCUUCGGUUCGACCCCCCUAGCCCCACGUCGGUGGGGAGUUGGUGGGUGGGGUAGUCACUACAUAUGACUCCCCACCCACCCCACCCCACCCCACACAGCACAAGGAACUCAAUCCCGGGGAAACGUUCCCUCUCCACACCUCGGGACCAUCCAAAAGCAUGCCGCACCGGAGACUCUCUGGUUCAGAAACAUUACAGCCGCCAUCUUUCUGCACAGCAAGAUCCCUCUCACUGAAGGGUGGCAACCCCUCUGCUUCCCUUCACUGGCGUGGGGGGGUUGGUGAUUUAAAAUUCAGUACCAAAUCCCAUCUCCCCUGUCCUCCCUUCAGCAGCUGCUGGGAUCCUCAGCGUGUCCCCAAGUAGGGGGAACGCACCCCCCCCCAUUCCGUGAGACGGCUCCCUCCCACUGGACUCGGGUUGGACAGGCCGGGAGCUGGAAGAACACGACAAGCCAGGCGGCACCUGGAAGGUGUUGGGAGCCGGCGUGUCGGGUCUAACCCUCCCUCCGUCCUGAAACGUCGACUUCUGCCCACCUUGUGUGUACUUCCAGCCUCCCGCCUCUCUACUUUGGAUUCCAGCAUCUCCAGGUCUUUUUUGUUUUAAUUUUUGCUUUUGUUCCCUUCCCCACGGGGUGGGACCAUGCACCUCCCCUCGCCUCAGGAGAGGGGAAGGUGUUCGUGGUGACGGCACGUCCUUCACUGUGAGAUGUCGCGUCGUUCCGCUGGGUGCAUCUCCAAGAGGAGGGAGAGGCAGGCGUGCGACAAUGUGGCCCCCCCUUCACACUUCCCCCCCCCACCUCCCCAUAUUAAUCCCUCAAACAACGUCCCUCGCAAUGCUCUUUGUGGGAUCUUACUGUUUACGUUCAUCCUUCGAUGACGACGGCGGGUGUCUUGAGGUUGGGAAAGGCGCUACGCAAACGGAAGCCUUCCUUGUAUUGUUUUGUCACACCCGUGCGUGAUUUUAAAGUUCAGUGCCUUUGGUGGCAAACAA